AUGGACGUUCACAAGCAGUGGGAGAACACAGAGACGAACUGGCACAAGGAAAAGAUGGAAUUACUGGACCAGUUUGACAACGAAAGGAAAGAAUGGGAAAGUCAAUGGAAGAUCAUGCAGAAGAAAAUAGAAGAGGCUGCAAAGCUGGGAGUAGAAAAGAUUAAGGAAGACAGCAGGAAACUUUGCCGUGAAGUAAAUCUUCGGAGGAAAAUCAACAUGAGUGAACGUGCUAAGAUCAUUGAUCUUGAUCAUAAGAAAGCCAUUCAAGAACAAGUAGUAAAAUCGUCUUCAAAUUACCCCAAUUGUGGACAACGUGAAUUUACAGGGAUGAAUCACAGGGAUGAUCUGGAAAAAGGAAAUGAAACAGAGCAGAGCUUACUCAGUGAAGGAAAUCAAAUGUGUAAGGAACAAACAGCAAGAAAAAAAUCAAAAGUCGUGUUCAUGGAUCCUUUGGCCACAGACAACCAAAAGGAAUGUGACGCCUGGCCUGACCUGAGGACUUCUGAGGAAGAGAGCAAGAGCUGUUCUGGCGCCCUCACCACAGCUCUUGAAGAACUUGCCAAAGUUAGUGAAGAAUUGUGCAGCUUUCAAGAGGAAAUUCGAAAGCAAUCUAACCACAGAAGGAUGAAGUCAGACUCUUUUCUCCAGGAAAUGCCAAGGGUAAUUAGUAUGCCUCAUGGAGACCACAUGAUCAGUGAUGGCCAGUGCAUUCUUCCAAUCAAUUUAGAAAAAGACAAACCGAAAAAUAGAAAGAAACUAAACUGUACCAGUGUGCUCCAAAGCAAUUCUGUGAAAAAAUGUGGAAUUGAUACAAUUGAUCUGCCAAGAAAUGAAACUCCACCAGUUCCUCCUCCAAGAAGCACAUCUCGAAAUUUUCCCAGCCCAUAUUCUGAACAAGCCCAUGAAAGUCUGAAGGAGAGUUUAGACCACAACAGCCGGGUAGCCCAAGGGGGUCAAGGUGAAAGGAACAGCAAUCCUCAUUUCCUUUUGAGGCGCAAUGAGAUGCCUACGCUGUGUCUAAAUGAAGGGAAGUCUUUGAAAGAUGGUAUCAUGUUUUCUUCUCUGGCACCAGAAGCCAAAAUAGAUAACAAGCCUCCAUAUAAUGAAAGUGUUGGACUUAGCAUGUGGGCAUUCGACGUUGGGAAAAGUACCAAAAAUAGUCCCUCUACAUCAUGGUUUCAGAAAACCUGCUCUGCUCCCAAUAAGCCAAAAUAUGAAUAUGAAAAGAUGAUCCCAGAUCAUCCUGCUAAAUCUCAUCCUGAUCUUCAUAUAAGCAAUGACUAUAGCGCUUCAGUGACACAGAGCAGUGGCCCACUUAGAAGUUUCAGUUGUGGCUUUGAAAAGUCUGCUAGGAAUGAAAAGCUAGCAGUGAAGACUGAUGAAUUUAACAGAACUGUGUUUAGAACAGAUAGACAUUGUCAUGCAAUACAGCAAAAUCAAAGCUACUCAGGAUCAUCUGAAGAUCGUAAGCCCUGUGAUACCUUAAUUACUCAUAUAGGUAACAUAUCAGAAGAUGACAAUGUAUCUGAUAUUCUGAAAACCAGUGCCCACCUGCCUGUGCCCAGGGAAAAUGUGCCUGAUAAUCCCACCAAAAAAUCUACAACAGGCCUAGUCAGACCAAAGCAAGAACACGUAAGUCCUAGCAGUUAUCGGAACAUGCUCCACGAGCAUGACUGGAGACCAAGUAAUUUGUCUGGCCGACCAAGAUCAGCUGAUCCUAAGUCAAAUUAUGGUGUUGUGGAAAAGCUGCUGAAAACCUAUGAGACAUCAACAGGGUCUGCAUUACAAAAUUCUAAGUGCUUCCAGGAUAAUUGGACCAAAUGUAAUUCUGAUGUCAGUGGUGGGGCCACAUUAAGUCAGCAUUUAGAAACACUCCAAAUAGAACAAGAGCUUCAGCGAAAGGCAGCUAUGUUUGGGGCACAGCAAGUGAAGCAAGGAGCAGAUUGGAAAAAGAUAACAGAGGAAUCCAUGGCAGUGACAUCCUCACAUGGAAGAGGGUUUUCCCGACCUGCUAGACCAGCAAAUCGCCGUCUCCCGUCCAGAUGGGCAUCCAGAUCACCAUCGGCGCCCCCUGCCUUUCGGAGAACUGCCCACAGUUAUACCGUUUCUCCGCGAUCUGAAGCAUCGAUGGUCUGA